GCUCAAGGUAAGCAGCUUCUGCGGCACAGGGACGAGUUUGUGCGGUUAGGCAGUGCAGAGCUGCAGUCACCGGAACUGGGCCGAGGGAAGAGAGAACCGAAGAGGAAGCUCUCGGACAUCGAAGACCAUGAUGAAGAACCAUCCCUUCCCAAACCACCUUCAAACGCUGCCAAGAAGAAGAAGACAAUGAGCAGCAUGACAUCAUCGGUAUUGGAACAGCUGAAGGAAAAGUAUUCACACAGCCACGACAACAGUGGACCGCCCGAAGCCGCAUGUUCGCAUCCCGACCAGGAAUGCCGCAAAUGCAAACUACUUCAACAACAAAUAGACAUCCUUGAGGAGGAGAAAGCUACAUUGCUGGCGUCAUUGAGAAUGAACAAAAUCGCUGGAGAUGUUGUUGCCAAAUUGGAGCUGCUAUGUCACACGCCAGCUCCAAAGCUGCCAGAUAUGACAAUGCCCAUGAGGACACCUCCAAGUCCCUUCAAUCGAGAGUCAAGUACACUGAGAGAUGGAGAUGAUGGAGAUGCAUCGGUUGCUGGUUCCCCAUCAGCAAAAAAGUUCCCAAUAGCAAAGUGGCAGAUUAGGCGAUGUUCGACCACCUCGCUGCAGAAAUUCAUCAAUGACCUCCUCCAUGGCCUGUAUUGCACAGAGUACAUGGCCAAGCACUCACUUACUGGCUACAAGGCCAGUAAGGAGUCUGAUGCUGGCAAGAGGAAGGACAGCAUUCCACAAGAAGAGGUUGCUGAAAUAAUUGCGGCAGCAAAACAAAUCUUCGCCACCAAGACGGACAUGGAGGUACGGCUGGCCAUCCGCCAGAAACUGAAUGGGGCUGCCAAAGUGGUCUCGGCGAGGAAAGUGGCAACACCUCCAGACGCCAGCCAAUAGAGUACAGAUUCAUCAUUCAUUUCAUUAUCCCAGAAGGUCUCUUGGCCCAAAUUCGCAUAACUUGCGAAAAAGUAGCUUACCGGCAUAACAAUAUUAUAUUAAACCUUGUAUAUUAGGAU